GUUCGCAUAGGACUGAAAGAACCAAAGCUAACUUGCAGGAAACGAAAACCUAUUUGUGCUUAGGGUUCAGUUUCGGAUCAUCGUCAAUUUUCUUUUCACCGGCCCCUGUUUGGUUACUGAGAAAAUUUCCACCAAAAUUUGAGUGAGGUGAGGUCUCUGCAAAAUCUAGGGUUUGGUCAUCAUGGCGCCGGAUCCAAACAGUGCCAGCGGCAGCGGAACAACGAGGGAGGAGGCGUCGGUGAAGGUCCCAGCGAAGGACCUGAAGAAGAAGGACGAGAAGAAGGACGAAGAUCUCUCGGAGGAGGAUUUGGCGUUGAAGCAACAAUUGGAGUUGUAUGUGGAAAGGGUCCAGGACUCUGAUCCGGGAUUACAGAAGGUCGCCCUUGAGAGUAUGAGGCAGGAGAUUCGAACCUCAACCAGCUCUAUGACUUCAGUUCCAAAGCCAUUGAAGUUUUUACGCCCUCAUUAUGGAACUCUAAAAACAUAUUAUGAAACAAUGCCAUAUUCAGAUGUCAAGAAAUUCCUAGCAGAUAUACUUUCCGUUUUGGCCAUGACUAUGUCUGCAGAAGGAGAACGGGAGAGCUUGAAGUACAGGUUGUUGGGUUCUGAAGGUGAUAUAGGCUCAUGGGGCCAUGAAUAUGUCAGGAAUUUAGCUGGAGAAAUAGCACAGGAGUACACAAAACGGCAGAGUGAAGAAGCUGCUAUUGAUGAUUUAAUGGAGCUUGUACAACAAAUUGUUGCUUUUCACAUGAAGCACAAUGCUGAAUAUGAAGCUGUAGAUCUUUUAAUGGAGGUUGAAGACCUUGAUUUGUUAGUGGAGCAUGUGGACAGUACAAACUAUAAAAGGACAUGCCUCUAUCUCACAAGUGCAGCAAGAUAUCUUCCUGGACCAGAUGAUAUACUAGUUCUGGAUAUUGCAUACACGAUCUAUCUAAAAUUUCAAGAGGAAACUCUUGCACUCCAGAUUGCUUUGUUCCUCGAUAACAUGCAGUAUGUGAAGCAAGUUUUUACAUCCUGUGAGGAUCUUCUGCGAAGGAAGCAAUUUUGUUACAUCCUUGCUCGACAUGGGGUAACUAUUGAGCUUGAUGAGGAGAUGGUUGCAGACUAUGAAGAAAGGGAGGCAUUGCAAGAAAUUAUCAACAAUACCAAGUUGAGUGAAGGUUAUCUUACACUUGCACGUGAUAUAGAAGUUAUGGAGCCCAAAUCUCCUGAGGAUAUUUAUAAGGCACACUUGCUUGAUGGCCGGGCUAGUGCUGGUGCAAGUGUUGAUUCAGCUAGACAGAACUUGGCAGCUACAUUUGUUAAUGCAUUUGUGAAUGCUGGCUUUGGUCAGGAUAAAUUAAUGACAGUCCCAUCAGAAGCAUCCAGUGGUAGUUCAUCUGGAAACUGGCUCUUUAAGAAUAAAGAGCAUGGAAAGACCAGUGCUGCAGCAAGUCUGGGUAUGAUUCUACUGUGGGAUGUUGAUUCUGGACUUGCCCAAAUUGACAAGUAUUUCCACAGUAAUGACAACCAUGUCAUUGCGGGUGCAUUGUUAGGAGUUGGUAUUGUGAACUGUGGUAUCAAGAAUGACUGUGAUCCUGCUUUGGCCCUUCUUGCUGAUUAUAUCGAUAAAGAAGAUUCUUCAAUCAGAAUUGGUGCAAUAAUGGGUCUGGGUCUUGCAUAUGCCGGUACCCAAAGUGAGCAGAUACGUAGUAAAUUAACUCCCAUUCUUGGAGAUAGUGACGUACCCCUUGAUGUGAUUGCAUUUACUGCAAUCUCAUUGGGCUUGGUGUAUGUUGGUUCCUGUAAUGAAGAUGUUGCUCAGGCAAUUAUAUUUGCAUUGAUGGACCGAAGUGACUCAGAAUUGGGGGAGCCUCUUACUAGGCUUUUGCCUCUUGGACUUGGCCUACUAUACCUUGGAAAGCAGGAAAGUGUGGAAGCUACUGCAGAGGUUUCAAAAACAUUUAAUGAGAAAAUCAGGAAAUAUUGUGACAUGACUCUACUUUCCUGUGCUUAUGCUGGGACUGGGAAUGUGCUCAAGGUUCAACACCUUCUGGGUCAAUGUGCCCAACAUCUUGAGAAGGGAGAAACUUACCAGGGACCUGCUGUACUUGGAAUUGCUAUGGUGGCAAUGGCUGAAGAAUUGGGCCUUGAAAUGGCUAUUCGCUCAUUAGAGCAUCUUUUACAGUAUGGAGAGCAGAAUAUCCGCCGGGCAGUUCCUUUGGCUCUUGGUCUCCUGUGUAUAUCAAACCCUAAGGUCAACGUUAUGGACACAUUAAGCAGACUGAGUCACGACACAGAUACAGAAGUAGCAAUGGCUGCUGUUAUCUCCUUAGGGUUGAUUGGUGCUGGAACCAACAAUGCUAGAAUAGCUGGCAUGCUUCGCAACCUUUCGAGUUAUUACUACAAAGAAGCUAGCCUUCUCUUCUGUGUGAGAAUUGCUCAAGGUCUUGUACAUUUGGGGAAAGGCCUGUUGACUCUGGCCCCUUAUCAUUCUGAGCGCUUCUUGCUAUCCCCGACGGCACUGGCUGGGAUUACAACAUUGCUGCACGCGUGUCUAGAUAUGAAAGCUAUCGUGUUGGGAAAAUAUCAUUAUGUUCUUUACUUUAUUGUAUUGGCAAUGCAGCCAAGAAUGCUGUUGACGGUGGAUGAGAACCUGAAACCUCUAUCAGUACCGGUUAGGGUGGGCCAAGCUGUUGACGUAGUCGGCCAGGCAGGCAGGCCCAAGACCAUCACCGGUUUCCAGACCCACUCGACACCAGUUCUCCUGGCUGCUGGCGACAGAGCAGAGCUCGCCACUGAGAAGUACAUUCCUGUCUCGCCUAUCCUCGAGGGCUUUGUCAUUUUGAAAGAGAACCCAGAAUACCGCGAAGAACGUUAACUGUCUUCAUUACGGCACAACCGGAACUUUCCCAUUCAACAAGGCGACUGGGUUCGGAUCAUUCAGGCUCAGCAUCCAUCCUGUGAGGUCAAAUCUUAUUUUAGAUGCUCGGAUUCAAUGAGGCUCAAAUCCGAAAACUCGAACUAUUUUUUUCCCCUUUUCCGAGCUUCAUUCAAACUGCCUGUCUCUCAGUUGGCCAACUCUUGUUAAAUGAUGGAUCAGACCACACAAAGGAGGGUUUUUCUGGGCUUGUGGUUGACUGCUUUUGUAGUAGAAUACCAGAACUUACGCAUAAAAGCCAAGCCAGGUUAUAUUUGUCUUUGCAGCUUCACAUUGGAGCUUAAUUUAAGGUCGUGCGAAUGAUUGAUUAAGUUUGUCUUCACCACUCAGACCGGAAGCCAAGCUGUUGUGCUAUUGAUUUAAGUUUGUGUUUAAUUAGUUUGCUUCUUCACAGACCCUAAACACAACAUUAUGUAAAAUUAGAGGCUUCCAUUUGGUUGGAACUGAACUAGAUUCAUCUUUCAAGGAUUGGGAUUAGGAUUUUUAGAAAUUUUGAAUUGAAAAUCAAAUUGAAUCAGUCUAGUUCGAUC